ACGCCCUUCUUUCGGAAUAAUGCUGAUUCAGCAGCCCGUACACCGUAAACUACAAGCCGACCGAGCCGAGGUGUGAGCUCUCAAGCUGGGCUGAGAGGGAAACUGAUGGCGUCUCAAAUCCCCGAGGCAGACGUACACAAGUACGAGAAGCUGUUGUACGACAGCAAGGCCAAGCUGGCGGCUCUCCGCGGCUGGAAAGGCAGAGCGGAGCCGGACAAGGCACUGUUUGAUCGAGAGCUGCAACACGCUUUGAGCUACAGCAAGGCCGCAUUUGGUAUAUUCAGAGACGACGAACAGUUUCAGCGGCUGGCAGAUGAGCUAGCAGAGAGAGUAGUGGAAACAAGGAACCAUCUCGGACCGGAACUGAUGCCCCUCGAGCGAUACCAUGUCUUCAGUCGCGGGAUAUUUGAAGUCAACCAACAGACUGUCAUCGCUGGGCAGUACUACGAGGAGCUUCCAUUCUACGGUCCUCCGAAACUACCUGACCCUUCGGGAGGUCCUCAUAUCUCCAAGUUCUACGAAUGGAAGAUUAUCGACUCACCUAGAGAUAAGAUCAAGGGAGACUCUAUUCAGGUGAAGUGUAUCUACUACCUUGAGAAGGGAGAACUCUUCAGAGUCUACUAUGUCUUGGGGUACUCUGCUCCCGGCAUGCAUGCCACUGUCAAACUAUACCAACAGAGCGAAAAACCUUCCUUUUUUGAGGUGGAGCAGCAUAUGGUGGAAGCUCUAAUUGGACAAGUUACCCCCUCAGCUUCUUCCCAUCAUUCCAAUAACAGUCCUUGUCGCAGUCCAGUUUCGCCGUACCAGAUCGUGGACUGCGCCGUCAUUCUAGAGCUCGCUGAAAUUUUGAACGAGGCUCGCCUCCAGGAGCGAGCUCGUGUUAUCGCACAGGAACUCGGAAAACCAUCGGAAUUUGAUGAUGCCCACAUGCAACACCGAGCACAGGCUCAUGCUGAACAAAUUGGAGGUGGAGGAGCGUCUUCAUCCUCCUCCUCCUCCUCCACGACAAAGUGUUACAUGGGUAGCUAUCCUUACUCUGAGAUCCCCUGUGAUCAAAUGGAGGUCCAGUCCAAUGAAGAUAAAGAUGAGCAAGUUGUGAGGGAGUAUGCCGAGUUGAUGAAAGAUUUCGAGAACGCCCACAUGCAGCAACGAGCACAGGCUCAUGCUGAGCAAAUUGGAGGUGGAGGAGCGUCUUCAUCCUCCUCCUCCUCCUCCACGACAAAGUGCUACAUGGGCAGCUAUCCUUACUCUGAGAUCCCCUGUGAUCAAAUGGAGGUCCAGUCCAAUAAAGAUAAAGAUGAGCAAGUGGUGAGGGAGUAUGCCGAGUUGAUGAAAAAUUUCGAGAACGCCCACAUGCAGCAACGAGCACAGGCUCAUGCUGAGCAAAUUGGAGGUGGAGGAGCGUCUUCAUCCUCCUCCUCCAUGACAAAGUGUUACAUGGGCAGCUAUCCUUACUCUGAGAUCCCCUGUGGUCAAAUGGAGGUCCAGUCCAAUAAAGAUAAAGAUGAGCAAGAAGCAGUGGUGCAAGGUCCUCGUUGCAAGUCUCCCCGUGUAUCCCCACGAACCUAUGGACUGCGCUGUCCUGAUCCAGAUGGCUGUUUACGAGCUAAGACCAAAAACCUGCUGCUAAAAGAAUAUUCUGAUGACAUGAAAGCAUAUGAAGAGGCUAAAGCACAGGAAGAAAUGCUAGACAAAGUCGAGCAGGAACAGGAGCAAGCAAAAUUUGACCAAAUACCAGAAAAUAAUAGCAAACCAUAUCCCAAGUUCCAUUUAGGAGAGUGUGCACUAACCCUCGUAGAAACUACUGCUGAUACGAACAGUAUCAAGCUGAAAAUCACCUAGCUAUAAUUUUACUGACACUUAAGAGAUUUUUUUGCAUACAACCUCACUAUGCUUACCAAUGUACAGUUCACUUCCUACCCUUCUUUCUCUUUUAUAUGACAUUUCCUCAUUGAGGUGUUUUUCUGAUAAUACAUACGUUGGACA